CUUGUAUACAACAUGUGAUUACCCCCGCUAGGUUAUACUUCGACACUUGAGUAGAUGAGAGCGAAAUAACAGCAGGGGUCGAGUUAAGUGGGAUAUUCGCGUCUGUAUUUUUGUAGUACAUGAUGGAUUCGGAACCAGGACCCUCGACAUCUUUACCUUUUAAGAUGCCCCAGCCAAAACGAAAAGCAUCUUUGGAGUGCCCAGGAUCAUUGAAAGUUGAUUUACCAGACUGGGUGUCUAACUGGAAAAGACACAAUCUUGAGAGCUUAAACAUUUACUACGCAAAAGACUUUUCCCUGGAUCCACUCGAAGUACUUAAACGAAUGAAAACAGUAACAGAUUUGGAUGAGGAACAACUCUCAUACAUUCACUCAGUACGGGAUUUCUUGAAGUUUGAUGCAUCAGUUUUAAAGUUAAAGUUUCAAAGAUCAGUGGUUCAAUCCACAAUUGCUAGAUUAUAUUCAAAGCUGACAAAAGAACCUAACAUGAUAACUACCAUGAAAGAAGCUUUUGUUACACAAAAAGUAAAGCGUUUUAUAACUGCAUUUGACAGACUUCUUUCAGAAGUGUAUGAACAUCAUAGACAAUUGAAAUCCUAUGAAGGAGUUUAUUCACGAUUUGUGUGUGGAUUUGCAGAUUUAUGUUGCCUAGAACCUAUAAUAUGUUCCAAGGCUGAGCAAACAGUUUGGAAAAAUUUAAGAGGCAAAACAAUAAAAUCAGAGCCAGAUUUUCGUUUUUUCAAGCUUGGACUUCAACAGCAAAGAACAGAUACAUGUGUUUCUAUUGUUGAAGUAAAGAAUAAUGCAAAGUCAUGUCCCCAAAAACGGAAAAGAAUGAGAAGUUCUACCAGUGGCACCAGUGAGUCUUCCUCUGAUACUGCUUACAGCAGCACACAUUCAGAUGGACAUAGAAGAAAAAGCCCAAGAUUACGGGCUGCUGAAAAAAUUGAACCACCUUUAAUUCAAGAUAUUACCACUAAAAGAGUUCUGGGACAACAUGGUGGAGAACUUCUGUUGGAUCUAAACAGAUACUAUGGAGAUUUGAAAAUUGAUAUACUAACUAUUCCUGGGAUGAUAGUUGAUGAAACAACAGUCAUAUUCACUCUUUUAGAAAUGUCAAGGAAGCAUUUAGAAAAGUUGAAAAACAACCAAGAGCUUGAAGAACAAGAUGAUGCUACCAUUUAUUAUUCACCACCUUAUGAUAUUCUCUGUGAAGAAUCUCGAGGUAUCUUGAUAGAAAAUUUUAUGAGACUUAAUAACAUAAAUAUAUAAAUGAUAUUGUACAAAGUACUCUAUACAAAAUAUUUUUAAGAUCACUUGGUAUAACACACCAUGUCAUCUUUUUCCAUCAAUUGGCAAAGUUGUUUGUUUGUCCAAAAAUCAUAAAAAUUCUGGGCCAAACAUUAUCAAAUUUUUUCCUGAAUUUUGACUAGUGAAGCUUGAAUAAAAACUGUAUAUGGGACAAUUUUACAUAAUUUUUUUAAUGUUAAAAAAUCCUACAGGACUACUGUGGAUUCAUUAUUAUUUGUUGGAUACCAAUUUUCGUUGAUUUCUUGGGUACAGAUAAAUUACAAAAUCAAAUUUUCAAUAAAUAACAAAUUUUCUACAGGCUUGUAUGUAGACUUCAGCAAAAACACGAAAUUGAAUUUGCAAGAACAUGUUAGAUUUCUUAAAUCCAUGAAAAAUUGGUACCCACGAAAAUAAAUGAAUCCACAGUAAUUCCAACUAAGCUUUAGGGCAUACCAUACAGUUUUGAACCUAUAUUUACAAGUUGAUGAAAAUUUGCAUAUAGGCUAUUUUUACCUGAUUAAACAAAUAUGUAAUAAAAAAUAUACCUUCAUGUGCUAUUUUUUGAGUAAAUUGAGGUCCAAAUGAUGUAUAUUUGCCCAAAAUUCAGAUUUGUGGCCAUAUAAUUUUUUUUCCAAAAGAAAGGCGUAACUUGUUUAGCUCACCUGGCCCAAAGGGCCAAAUGAGCUUUUCUCAUCACUUGGCAUCCGGCGUCGUCCUACGUCCAUCGUCCGGCGUUGUUAACUUUUACAAAAAUCUUCUCCUCUGACACUGCUGGGCCAAAUUAAACCAAACUAGGCCACAAUCAUUAUUGGGGUAUCUAGUUUAAAAAUUGUGUCUGGUGACCUGCCCAACCAACCAAGAUGGACGCCAUGGCUAAAAAUAGAACAUAGGGGUAAAAUGCAGUUGUUGGCUUAUAACUCGAAAACAAAAGCAUUUAGAGCAAAUCUGACAUGGGGUAAAAUGUUAAUCAGGUCAAGAUCUAUCUGCCCUGAAAUUUUCAGAUGAAUCAGACAACCCAUUGUUGGGUUGCUGUCCCUGAAUUAGUAAUUAUCAGGAAAUUUUGCUGUUUUUUUGUUAUUAUCUUGAAUAUUAUUAUAGAUAGAGAUAAACUGUAAACAGCAAUAAUGUUCAGCAAAGUAAGAUUUACAAAUAAGUCAACAUGACUGAAAUGGUCAGUUGACUUGUUUAGGAGUAAUUGCCCUUUAUAGUCAAUUUUUUACCAUUUUUUGUAAAUCUUAGUAAUGUUUUACAAAAAUCUUCUCCUCUGAAACAACUGGGCCAAAUUAAAACAAACUUGGCCACAACUAUCAUUGGGGUAUCUAGUUUAAAAAAAUGUGUGGCGUGACCCCGCCAACCAACCAAGAUGGCCGCCACAGCUAAAAAUAGAACAUAGGGGUAAAAUGCAGUUUUUGGCUUAUAAAUCAAAAACCAAAGCAUUUUUAAGCAAAUCUGACAUGGUGUUAAAUGUUCAUCAGGUAAAGCUCUAUCUGUCUGAAAUUUUCAGAUGAAUCGGACAACCCAUUGUUGGGUUGCUGCCCCUGAAUUGGUAAUUUUAAGGAAAUUUUACUGUUUUUGGUUAUUAUCUUGAAUAUUAUUAUAGAUAGAGAUAAACUGUAAACAGCAAUAAUGUUCAGCAAAGUAAACAAAUAAGCCCUUUAUAGUAAAUUUUCAACCAUUUUUCUUUAAUCUUAGUAAUCUUUUACAAAAAUCUUCUCUGAAACAACUGGGCCAAAUUUAACCAAACUUGGCCACAACUAACAUUGAGGUAUCUAGGUUAAAAAAUGUUUUGUGUGACCCGGCCAACCAACCAAGAUGGCUGCCACAGCUAAAAAUAGAACAUGGGGGUAAAAUGCAGUUUUUGUCUUAUAACUCAAAAACCAAAGCAUUUAGAGCAAAGCUGACCAGGUGUUAUAUUGUUCAUCAGGUAAAGAUCUAUCUGCCCUGAAAUUUUCAGAUGAAACGGACAACCCAUUGUUGGGUUGCUGCCCCUGAAUUAGUAAUUUCAAGGAAAUUUUGCUGUUUUUGGUUAUUAUCUUGAAUAUGAUUAUAGAAAGAGAUAAACUGUAAACAGCAAUAAUGUUCAGCAAAGUAAGAUUUACAAAUAAGUCAACAUGACAGAAUUGGUCAGUUGACCCAUUUAGGAGUUAUUGCCCUUUAUAGUCAAUUUUCAACCAUUUUACGUAAAUCUUAGUAAUGUUUUACAAAAAUCUUUUCCUCUGAAACUACUGGGCCAAGUUAAUUAUAUAUAGAGAUAAUUGUAAGCAGCUAGAAUGUUCAGUAAAUUAAGAUGUACAAACACAUCACCAUCACCAAAACAAAAUUUUGUCAUGAAUCAAUCUGCGUCCUGUGUUUAAUAUUCACAUAGACCAAGGUGAGCGACACAGGCUCUUUAGAGCCUCUAGUUGUUUUAAAAGUUAAAACACAAAUUAUUUUUUGUUAUUAAAUAAUGGGUCCAUGCACUUGUUUUCAAAUGAAAUCAGUUUGAAUGAUAAAAAUCAGUCGAAAAAUGCAUCUUUUCCCAAUAUGUCACAGUUUGACGUCGCGAAAAUAACAUUUGACCUUAGCAACGUCAUUACCUCCCCUGUAACUGUAUUGUAUGCCCUUAAGCUGAAUGAUCCCUAGGGUAUUUAGAUGAAAGUGUGUUUUAUUUUCUGUUUUAUCAAAAUACAUGGCUACCAUGGCUAAAAUAAGAACAUGAAGUACAAUAGUUUUGGGCUUAUAACUCAUGAGCUAAAGCAUUUAGAGCAAAUCUGACAUGCAGUUAAACAGUUCAUUAUGUUAUCUUCUUUCACCCCAUGAAUUUUCAGGUAAAUCUUUCAGCCUAUUGUUGGGUUGUUCUAAAAUGUAUGAAAAUUUGGAAAAUUGAAAACGUUUUAUUUUAAUUUUUGCUCUUUCAUCUUUAAUCAGUAGACUCUUGUCCCAUGAACAAUGCCUCAGGGGAUUGUACACUUCGUUAGUGCAGUUAUUAAGAGUUCUUUUAAAAUUAACUGACAAUGAAAAGUCAUCCAUGUAUAGCUAUGUGUAAAUAUCUGUUUUGAUUGUAUUGUAAAACAAAACUUAUGAAUUCUCUAUAAAAUUGUCAAUCUGAGUAACUUCACACUCACAUAAUUUUUUUUGUUAAAUAGUUAUUACUCUUUUUUAGCUCACCUGGCCCAAAUGGCCCAAUGAGCUUUCUCAUCACUGGUUGUCUGUCAUCUGUCAUGGUCAGUCUUUAACAUUUACAAAAAUCUUCUCCUGAAACCAGCUAGGCAAAGUGAACUUAACUUGGUCAUAAUCAUCAUUAAGGUAUCUAGACUAAAAAUGUGUGCAAUUAAACGGCAUGCCAACCAACAUGGACACAAUGGCUAAAACAAGAACAUAGGGUUAAAAUGUAGAUUUUUGUUAUAUCUCUGAAACCCAUCAGGGUUAAAAUUAUUCAUUAAGUCAAGAUCUAUCUGCCCUGAUAUUUUUAGACAAAUCAGAUGAUCCUUUGUGGGGUUGCUGCCUCCAAUCGAAACAUUUUAGUCAAUUAUCAUAAAAAUAAUAUGAUAUUUACAGAGAAACAUUUUUUUUCCAUUAUGAAUAAGAUACAGAAAAACAUAUUAGACUGAACAAUCAGAAAUUAAUGAUAAACAAAAUAGAGAUUUUUGUCAUGAAGUGUCAAUAUUGGAGAGUUGCCUUUGUUUGAUAUGCACAUACACAAAGGUGAUUGACACAGGCUAAAGUGUCUAGUUUUAAAUCGGUAUAUUACUGGUGAAAUGUUGUGUAAAUUAAAAAAAAACAAGCUUGAACUAGCUAAAGAUAUAUAUAAUCAAUUUGAAUGAUUUGUUGAAUUUGUACAUAUCCUUUAUUGAUGGAUCUCACUUAUCUAUAUAUUUCUAAAGUCUUUUUACAUUUAUUAAUUUAUAUAUAUGUAGGACUCAAAUCUAUGGCGGGUUCCAAAUCUGUGGCAGAUUCCUAAUCUAUGGCAAAUGUGACGUUACAAACGCCAAACAACUCAAAUCUAUGGCAGAUUUUUGUUUACUCCAAAUCUAUGGCAGAUCUUGUGGAAAGGGUACCGUAUAACGUCACAAUUGAAUAUACCGCCAUAUUACAUCUUUGCCGCAGAUAAAGAUGGCGGAACCCAUAGAUUUGAACACCAUUCAAGAUAAAGAUAUUACCCUGCCAACAAUUUGCGGGUGGUUUAAAGGAAGAUGUGACAUAUUAUCCCGAAGAUGGACCAAAUGCACUGUACAUUUAUGAUUUUUUUUUGGUUGACCAUUAUGAAAUGUUCAUUUCACAAAUAUUUAUAGACAUGCUCCCGUUGUCGUAUUUUUUUCCACUUGCUUAUGACAAGUCAUUGGUAAACAAUGUACUGCAUUGUUUUUCAUUUGCACAAAACUUGCCAUAAAUUUGGAAACAACAUGAAUCCGCCAUAGAUUAGGAAAUUACAAAACUUGCCAUAGAUUUGGGAUGGCAUGACGUCACAUUUAACAUAGAUUAGGAAUCUGCCAUAGAUUUGGAACCCACUAUAUAUUUGAGUCCUACAUAUAUAGUCACCCACAGUCAAAAAAAAUUAAGACAUUAACAAUUUAAUCUUGAUUAAAUAUUAUAAACAAUUUUUUUUAAAUUUUGUAUAUAUUAAUUACAGUAUGUGAAUUUUUCUAUAAUACUGUAUUUUACAAUUAUUUAUUUAUAGGACUGGAUGAACAUCUCACCAAUCCACUUACUAUUUUCUUUGAAAUUAUAUAUUGAAUGUUCAUUCACUUUUGUAUAUAUAUAUAAAAUAAAGUAUAUGUGUAGAAAUUGUAAUUUUUCAUUUUUAUUAAUUUUUGUGUGUGUAAUUGCUAACUCAGCGUACUUUUGCAUGUUGCUGACAAACACACACAUUGAUUAUCACGAGCUUACAGUUUGUGAACUGAUUAGUUAGUUAGUACUUUGAUGGUUUAUUAUAUGGUUAAAAUGUAGAUUUUUGUUAUAUCUCUGAAACCCAUCAGGGUUAAAAUUAUUCAUUAAGUCAAGAUCUAUCUGCCCUGAUAUUUUUAGACAAAUCAGAUGAUCCUUUGUGGGGUUGCUGCCUCCAAUCGAAACAUUUUAGUCAAUUAUCAUAAAAAUAAUAUGAUAUUUACAGAGAAACAUUUUUUUUCCAUUAUGAAUAAGAUACAGAAAAACAUAUUAGACUGAACAAUCAGAAAUUAAUGAUAAACAAAAUAGAGAUUUUUGUCAUGAAGUGUCAAUAUUGGAGAGUUGCCUUUGUUUGAUAUGCACAUACACAAAGGUGAUUGACACAGGCUAAAGUGUCUAGUUUGAAAUCGGUAUAUUACUGGUGAAAUGUUGUGUAAAUUAAAAAAAAACAAGCUUGAACUAGCUAAAGAUAUAUAUAAUCAAUUUGAAUGAUUUGUUGAAUUUGUACAUAUCCUUUAUUGAUGGAUCUAACUUAUCUAUAUAUUUCUAAAGUCUUUUUACAUUUAUUCAUUUAUAUAUAUAGUCACCCACAGUUAAAAAAAAUUAAGACAUUAACAAUUUAAUCUUGAUUAAAUAUUAUAAACAAUUUUUUUUAAAUUUUGUAUAUAUUAAUUACAGUAUGUGAAUUUUUCCAUAAUACUGUAUUUUACAAUUAUUUAUUUAUAGGACUGGAUGAACAUCUCACCAAUCCACUUACUAUUUUCUUUGAAAUUAUAUAUUGAAUGUUCAUUCACUUUUGUAUAUAUAUAUAAAAUAAAGUAUAUGUGUAGAAAUUGUAAUUUUUCAUUUUUAUUAAUUUUUGUGUGUGUAAUUGCUAACUCAGCGUACUUUUGCAUGUUGCUGACAAACACACACAUUGAUUAUCACGAGCUUACAGUUUGUGAACUGAUUAGUUAGUUAGUACUUUGAUGGUUUAU